AUGAUGAAGCGUGAUGUAGAAUUGUUCUUGAUGAGAAUUCAUGAGUUGAGGUUCAGGAGUAGAGAGGCCUGCAACUCGGCCGAGGAGGUCAAGAGUGUGAUGGCUGCCCGCCAUCUUGUACUUGUCUCGCGGUGGAUGGGAGGGCUGUCGUUGCUCACUCGUCGUGGCGGAGGAAGCACCUCUAGAGUUUCCGAUAUCCUCCCGGACGAGACGGCAAUCGUCAACUCUGCCGACGCAACCUACCUUUUGAACACGAUCCCACCAAACCCGUGA